AUGCUGACGCUGGAAUUGAAAUUGAAACUGAAAUGUUUGCUCCUGUUGCUGCCCUGCCUGCUGAUAUGCAAGUUCUUCUACAGACCCGAGGACUUUACGGAGAGGGAUGUGUUCUACAACAGCUUGGACUAUCAUCCGGAGGACUACAUUGAUACGUUUACAACGCUACAGCAGGACGACUACUUUCAGUGAUGAGAAAUGCU